GCCUUACAAGAACAUAAAAUUGACAAAAUGCAUCAACUCGCCAAUAAUAUGCUCGAGUCGACAGCGUUGUAGGCUGCGAUAGUGUUACUUUUAAAGAUGUUAUGAAGGUACAGUGUAACAAUUCGACAGAGGUCACAAAGGCCCGAUAGUAAUCUGUGGAAAAUAGUCAUCGAUACGCUCAUUUGUCGACCUCCAGAGUGCCAAAAAGUAAGAACUUCUGGGAACAAGGUUGGCGCUAGCUUGUUUCUUUCCCAAGAUGUUACAUCUUGUUCUAUUUACUGCUCUUCGGACCAUCUGGGACAAAAUACCUGGUAUAAUAUACAACAACGUACGAAUUAUCAUUUUGCAAAGCUGUAAAAAUGGCGGCUGAUAACGUGAAAAUUACUACCGACACCACUUUGGAGACAGAAUUAGUUAACGCUGGCUCAAAAUUAGUCGUGAUAGAUUUCCAUGCGACAUGGUGCGCUCCAUGUAAACGUAUUGCACCUGUAUUUGCUCAAUUAAGUCGUAAAUAUCCCCAAGCAUUGUUUUUAAAAGUAGAUGUCGAUCAAUGUCCAAAUAUGCAACAAAAAUACAGCGUUACUGCAAUGCCCACGUUUGUCUUCUUGAGAUCAAAGGUUGUCAUUGAUAAAAUUCAAGGUGGAGAUCCUAAUGCUUUACAAGAUAAAGUGAAAGAACAUGUUGGUAACAGCAGUAGUGAUGAUGGAGAUGAUGAAGAAGUUAAGGGACACGGAAGUUUGGCGUCAUUUAUAAAUCCUGCUGGAUGUAAUUGUUUAAAUGAAAGUGACGAUCAUGUCCACUCAAAUGUAUUUAAAAAGGAAGGCGGAUAUUUAGAAAGUGACUGUGAUGAACAGCUUAUUCUAACUAUAGAAUUUAACCAAGCUGUUAAACUUCAUUCAUUAAAGAUUGAUGCACCGAAUGAUGGGCGUGGACCAAAAAUUAUUAAAUUGUUUACAAAUCAACCGAAUGCUGUCGAUUUUGAUCAAGCUGAUCGAAUGGAAGGUGUACAACAGUUAGAGCUCACACCAGAAGAUAUAACUGGGGAAAAGUUAAUUCCACUACGAUUUGUUAAAUUUCAAAAUGUCAGUAAUUUAGUUGUUUUUGUUUUCAAUAACCAAGGAGGAGAGGAGACAACAGCGAUAAACUACAUUAAGAUCAUUGGAAGUCCACUCGAUGCUACAAACAUGAAGGAUUUUAAAAGAGUUGCUGGUAAAGCUGGGGAAAGCCAUUAAUUUUUAGAAAAACAUGAGAAUAUUUACUUUAAAUUAUAUAUUCAAAUGUGUUGAUAAAAGCCAUGAUUAUUACAGCUUUUUAUCUGUUAUUAAUUCGAAAUAAAUGCAGUUUUUAAAAUAA